AUGGAAAAAUUGAAGGCAGUGAAACAAAAUCUGAAAACUUGGAACAUAGCUGAAUUUGGCCUCAUUGAAGAAAAUAUCUCUAAACUCGAAUCAAAAAUUCAUGAACUGGAUCAAAAUGCAAAUGACAGAGAACUGUCGGCCCAAGAGCUCCUGGACCGAAAACAAGCACAGCAGGAGUUAUGGAGAUGGCUAAAAAGAAAGGAAGCAUAUUGGGCUCAGUCGUCUCGGACCAAAUGGUUGAAGGAAGGGGACAGGAACACAAGCAAUGGACAAACAUAUGUCUUACCAGAGGACAUAAAAAGAGAAGCAGUCACCUUCUACAAAGAUAUCUCCAGAGAGCCGUAUACCCUUAGACCAACUUUCAAUCUCCUGGAUUUUCGGCAUCUAAGCCCAGAGAAUCGCAACUCCCUCGUUGACCCUUUCAGUAUGGAGGAAAUUAAAGAAGCAGUGGACUCGUGUGAUGGGAUGAAAAGUCCAGGUCCAGAUGGUUUUAAUUUCAGAGAAUAUUUGCUGAACAUAAAGAAAGCCCUUAUAGCAUUCCAGCUAGCAUUGGGUCUCCAGGUUAACUUUCACAAGAGCUCGAUUAUUGGAGUUAAUGUAGAUGAUGCGUGGAUUGAAACCACAGCAGCCUGCCUCAUGUGUAAAGUAGACAAGCUGCCAAUAACAUAUCUUGGCCUCCCUAUGGGAGGCAACUCAUCACGAAUUGACCUAUGGGAUCCCAUCAUUGCUAGAAUGGAAAAGAAAAUGGCCUCAUGGAAGGGGGAGCUCCUAUCCAUUGGCGGUAGAGCCACCCUCAUCAAAGCUUCUCUGUCCAUCCUCCCUCUCUAUUACAUGUCAAUCUUCUCAUUGUUAGAAUUAGUGCAUGCUGCUUCACCCUUGCAGAAAAUCGAUAGCGUCAUCAGGAGAUUAAAGACUGGUGUAUCUGAUGUCACUGCUACAAAAGGAAAUGAAUUUGAGGAUUAUUUCUUGUGACGUGAACUACUUAUGGGAAUAUAUGAGAAGGGAUUCGAACGUCCUUCUCCAAUCCAGGAGGAAAGUAUACCAAUUGCUUUAACAGGAAGUGAUAUUCUUGCAAGAGCUGAAAAUGGAACUAGUAAAACAGCUGCAUUUUGCAUCCCUGUGCUGGAAAAAAUUGACCAAGACAACAAUGUAACUCAAGCUGUUACACUUGUUCCUACUAGAGAGUUAGCCCUUCAAACAUCACAAGUAUGUAAAGAACUUGGCAAGCAUUUAAAGGUCCAGGUCAUGGUAACGACAGGAGGGACUAGAUUGAAGGAUGAUAUAAUGCGUUUGUACCAACCAGUACAUUUGCUAGUCGAAACACCAGGAAGAAUACUAGAUCUUGCAAGGGGUAUAUGUGUUCUGAAGGACUGCUCCAUGCUUGUUAUGGACGAGGCUGACAAACUUUUGUCCCCUGAAUUCCAACCUUCUUUGGAGCAGUCGAUUAGUUUUCUUCCUGAAAACAGGCAGAUAUUGAUGUUUUCAGCUACUUCUCCUGUAACUGUCAAAGAUUUCAAAGAUAUAUAUUUGCAAAAGCCUUACGUCAUCAACCUUAUGGAUGAACUUACUCUCGAAGGUAUUACCCAGUUUUAUGCUUUAGUUGAAGAAAGACAGAAGCUCCAUUGCCUGAGCACACUUUUCUCAAAGCUGCAAAUAAAGCAAUCCAAUUUUUGCAAUUCUGUGAAUCGAGUGGAAUUGUUAGCCAAGAAAAUUACAGAGCUUGGUUAUUCUUCCUUUUACAUCCAUGCGAAGAUGAUCCAGGACCAUCGAAACAGAGUAUUUCAUGAUUUCCGCAAUGGUGCCUGCAGGAAUUUUGUUUGCACAGGUUGCUGCAAAUUAUGUUGUAAUGGUUGACAAAUUUGGGUGCAGAAGCUCUGGUUAUGCUGCUGCUACAGAAUCCCCUACAGAAGCUCCAGCGGUGCUGCUGCAGAGGCUGCAGAGGCUCUUUGAUUUUGUUUUUAUUGA